AUGAUAACCAGAUUCCUAACCGACGUGCGCGUAACCUUCAACCCCUUCAACCCGCGCUCCAAGCCCGCACGCCUCUUCCUAUCGCUCAUACCGCCCAAUGCGCGUGCCGACGGCAUGAAGAUUGAAUCCACAAUGUUGCCACGGACUAGUAAGGCGCCUGCGACGCUGGCUGUCAAGUUCAAGGAUGGCAAGGAGAUGAACCUCCAAUUGGACACCAUGAGGAUCCCGCAGGUUGUCGAAGAGGUUGACAGACAUUCACGGUCGCUGGCACGGAAGGAGGAAUUAAAUGGCAAUUGA